UCAAGUUUAUCGCCAGAGCUUUAAUUUGACAAGAUAAGCCGCUUUACCGCCUUUGGAUUGCAUUUAAUAAAAUUUUACAAAACUCCCAAUAAUGGCCACCUACGAGGAAGUUAAGGAUAUUCCGAACCAUCCGGACAAAUACCUUGUGGACGUUCGCAGUCCAUCAGAGCUGGAGGAGACGGGUGUCCUACCCGCCAGUAUUAACAUUCCAUUGGCCGCCCUGGAGAAAGCCUUGAAUUUGCCGGAGGAAGAAUUCACCAAGGCUUACGGACGUGACAAGCCUGCCAAAGAAGCUGUCGUGAUCUUCUCGUGCAAGGCUGGAGGGCGUGCCGCAAGAGCUGCAAAUUCGGCUAGAACACUGGGCUUUGUGAAGUAG